CACAGAUGCCUGUGGUGCAAGAUUGGUUCAAUCGAUGAGAUGAACAAGGCCAAUGCCAAAGCAAUAUUCGCAGUACAUCAUGGCAUGAACAUCAACUGGGGCGAAGUAAUCUUCGGUUCCUUGACUGAGUUCAUCAAGAAGAAGGACCAGAAGACUGGCCUGUUCUCAACAAAGAUGGGCCAUGGUCUCCUCAUCUCUGCCAUCCUUACUGCUCAAGGAGUUCAACUCAGGGACCCCUCCCCAGUUGACCACUCCAAGACCAUCUUCCUUACAGCCUCUCCCAAGUUGAAUAUUGCUAUCUCUGAUGAGCUAAAAAGGGAAGAAAGGCUAGAAAAGAAAAGAGAACAACAGGCUGCUAAGCCUAAACCUGCUUCCAAAAAGCCCAUCAAGAAGCCCGUUGUGACUUCAGAACAACCUGAGCAGUCGCAGGUCGUAAGGGAAAUAAGGAAGAAGAAGAAGAAUGAAAAAAAAGCUGCACCAGAGGAGGAUGCACCAGAGGAGGAUGCACUAGAGGAGGAUGCACCAGAGGAGGUUACAUCAGAGUUGGUUUCUCGAAAGCCAAUCAGAAAAUCACCUGCUAAGAAGCAGAAGAUGGAAAGAAGAAGAAAAUUGGUUGUUCAGAGUGAGGACUCUGACAACUCUGGCCCUAAACCAAUGAAGAAGAAGAAGAAGAAGAAGAAGAAGAAGAAGAAAACAAUCUCACUUGCUAAGGGACCAGAAACUCAGGGGGAACCUGGACCAGAUGCUCAACCCUCAUCUGUCCCAGAAAGGCCCAUCGUGGACUCUCCACCAGAACCACAAGCAAUUCCUGUUAGAAUUCCAGAAACUGACUACAAUGAUGUCCUUGAUAGACAAUUUGAAAGGGUUCUAGCAUGGAGAAGAUGGAGAAUGGGGCCACUUCAAAAGAUCAUUCAGUACUUUGACUCCUAUGAAGCUGAGGAAGCUGCAGUUCUUCACUGGGUAGGCACAGAAGAUGUGUCUCAAUGCUUUGACCUUGCAUUUCUCAUAUCUGUCCUACUGAGAAAGAAGGAAAGAUAUCAAGGUAAAGCACCUCUGAUCUCUUCUUCACCAGAGCAGCAUGUGAAGGCUUUAGAAAAAGAUGAAAUGGCUGACUUUGAAGUCUGGAUGAUAGAGAAGAAAAGGAAGGAAUCUCUGAUCAAAUUUCGCCCAAGUGCACAUGGAGAAGGAGAACCCUCCACUGCUAACGACCUUCCAUUGCCCAUGGAGAAACUGAUUAAAGAAUGGAGAGACUCACAGUUCAAGGAAACUGUCAUGGAGGUAAUUCCUAAUUCCCCUUCUGUUCAUAACUCCACAGAACUCCUUCCUCCCUCUCCUAAAUCCCCUCCACUUGUUAUAAUCU